AUGCAAGAUAAAUCUAAUACUAAUUCAAGUGCCAAUGAAUCGUAAUCGUAAAGGAAGGUAGUAGAAAGCAUAGAAUAGUAGAAAAGAAGACGAACACGCAAGGCCAGUGAUGCUCUUAGAGAAUAUAAGUGCGAGUGUGGAAAGUCUUACUUGAGUUAUCCAGCCUUAUACACUCAUAACAAAUAAAAACACAAUGGGGUUUUCAAAUGACAUAAUACUGUAGUAAUCUCAAAAGAACCUAGAUGAACAAAGACAGGAGUCGACGUUCUCAGAAUCUCAGACUUAAAACAUCUUCACUACACUUGCUAAUGCCUUAGGUAAGUAAGAAGACAAACAACAGACCUCUUUCACUCUCUAGGACAUGUAUGAUCUCGUUAUGUGGGAAAUAUAGUUAUAAAUGAUGGAAUCAAAUUCUAAAGACUUUCGAUUAGACUAUUAUCAUGAAUUAUUGAAAUAAAGUUCUCCUGUUGAAGUCUCUACUCCUCAGCAUGCCUUUAUCAAGUUCAUUCACGAGGUCAAAGAAGUCUUGAGCUUUGAACAAAUGAAACUGGUCUUUCUUUUUGUGUAUUCCUUCAGGCGAUUACUCUUAGAGAAUCCAGAUUGUACAACAAAUAGUUUAGUUGAAAAGGCUAACCAGUUGAUUUGUUCUCAAUUAGAUAAGGUUUUGCAAAGCAUAUAAUUACUUUCAGAGCGACAUUACAUAGUACAUUUAAGUAGAAUGGAAAACCUUCGAGAAGCAAUGAUUUAAAUUGUGCUGAGCUUUUGUAAUUGGCUUUAUGCUCGCCAUUUGACUGAUGACAAGUUAUCUCUAAAGAGUGAUUCAGAUUGA